CCUUUAGCAUUCUAGGGCUAACAUACCUGUUUUCCCAGACCCUCCUGCAGCCGUCUGGCCUGACUUUGUCACAACAGCAAUAGACAUUGAAAAGGAUGCAGAAGUGGGAAUGAAGGUGGAGUGAACCAUCUGACCUUGUACAUUAGAUGAUGUGGGAAUAAACUGAACUGGAUUCAGCCCUGGUACAAGUGGGUGCAAGACCCACUGAAGUCAGUGGUGCCUCACCUAUUACAGCAAGGUGGAACGUGGCCUUCCAAUGGCACAAACCUGCAAGGCUCUGAGCACUCCUAUGCGGUACAGGGGGACCUGUGCUCUAGCUAACUUCAGUGGGAGUCAAGAGAGCUCAGUGCAUAGGUGAACUGAGCCCUACAAACACCGAUGGUUUGGGGUUUUUUCCCCCGCAUCAGCACUUUUUCAAAACUAGCUCAUGCAGUGGUGUUUGUGCUUCUCUGUUUGUUACUGAUGUGGUUGACAGCCAGCAGACACGGGUUCAGCGUCACAGGAGAAACAGCUCAUCAAGCUCUGCCUUUCUUCACUUGACGUUGGGUGGGAUUUUAUGCAGUAGCACAGAAAUCUAGCUCCAAAGGUUUGUGAAAAUGCCCUGGACACCAGCUCUUCCAGCUGCGUUUCUGCUCUUCCUGCUCUUCCAGAGUACCCCAGCCCAGAAAGGUGUGACACAGGAGCCAGCUAUUCUCAUAGUUAAUGAAGGAGAGUCGGUCAACAUAACCUGCUCCGUUACUAACAAGGGGAUGCUAGUAGGGAUGUAUUUGAAAAGAGAAGUUGUAAAUGCCAUGGAAGUGCUAUACAUCGAAAAUAAUAGUCAUACCAGUACCGUAGACUUUCACUACAAAGACCGCAUCGAGAUCUCCUUACUCAGGACAGAAAUGAGGAUAACGCUACACCGGUUGCAGAAAAAUGACACUGCUGUAUAUGUCUGUAGUGGGAGCACGCUAGAAAAUUUCGAGCCCCGUAAUGUGUUGAGCCAUGGCACCAUAUUGGUGGUGAAAGAAAUGGAGCAGGCAGAGUGCUGUGUGGCUUCCUGGGUGCCCUAUGUCCUUUCCUUCAUGGUUUUGAUCUCGGUUUCUGCGCUGGGAUACCUCAUUCUGUCUCACAUCGAUAUCAAGAAACACUGCCAAGAAGGAAAGAAAAAGCAAGCAAAUACGGUGUACGAAGACAUGUCCUACACCCGUAGGGUCAACACCCUGGCCACAGGCAACUCUUAUAGCAAUUAUUAGCAAGCUCUUGCCAGCUGAGGCAGUGUGGACAUCAGCAGCUCCUUCUCCAUGUGCUUGAGCUAGAAAGGCUGACAUCUGACAGUCAUUCCCUUUAGUGAAAAGAAAAAAAUACCUGCCUUGUGUCCUGUGCAAUAUUUCUGCUUAUUUCACUCAAUUGUGAAGACCACUUUGGGGUGGGGGGCAGGGAGGUUACUUACAGAAAAUGUAGAGAAAUGAGUGCAUCCCUGAGUGUCUGAGUGUGUGCUGGGGAAGGUGGCAUUAGAUGCUGCAGUGUAUGAUGCAACACCUGCCCUUGCUCCGCCCGUUAGUGAUGCUCACAGCCCCCAAUGAAGCAUGUGAGAGAAGUUGUGUUGGGAGCACGGGGAGGCACUCAGGCCCAGAUCCACAAAGGGACUUAGGCACCUCUAAGUCCCGGUUUAGGUGCCACUGAGAUCCAUAAAACCUCCACUCAGCUUCACCUAACCCUGUAGGUGCCUAAAUGUGCUCAGCACCUGAUUUUGCAGUAAAAGUUCCCUGGGCACCUAAGUUCCUCUGGGCAAGGGCGCACCUGCCUCUCUCUUGGUGUCUGGCCACCUAAGCCCCAGAGCAAUCCAAGAACUAAGGGAAGAUAGGUGCUCCUCCACCUAUCUUACCUAUGGGACCUGAUCCAAUAGGCGUGCUCAGGCCUUACCUACUGGAUUGGGUCCCAUAGAAAAUCUGGCUGGAGGAAAGUGGUGGUGCUGGUGCCUACCUUAUAACAUUCAGCCCAGUGGUUAGCUCACUUUACCGGUAUGUGGGCAACCUGGGUUCAAUCCCCCUCUUUGCUUGAGGGGAAGAAAGGAUCUGAACAGAGAUCUCCCGCAAGUGCACGGACUACUGAGUUAUGGGAUAUGCUGAUGCGGGACUCUCUCCUGUGAAACCUGUUCCAUUUUGAAUAAAUACUUAGUACUUGGGAGAGAAAAUGGCUCUGCAGAUGGGUGUUUAGAGCACGCAGUUCCCCUGCUCCAGUGAUUGUAACUAGUUAUCCACCAUGUAAGAGCUUCAACAGGAGAAAGCGAGGGAGCCCAACAACAGACCUCUUCUAUGGCUCAGUGGUUAGAGCACUCUCCUGCGAGCUGGGUGACUCCUCUUCAAAUCCUUUCUCUCCCUCAGGCAGGGUGGGGGGAAUUGAACCUGGGUCUCCCAUGCCACAGCUAAGUGCUCUAAAGUUAGGUGGUAGACACUGCCUCCUCCCGUGGCUAUUUUGCGUGGGCUGAGGCAGGUGCCCAACUCAUUCUCCCAAGAAACAACGUAGGCACCUAAGCUGCCUGACUCCAGGCAGCUGGUUCCUAUUCAUGGAUCACUAGCAGAAAUAGCAGCCUGGACAUAGACACCUAUCUCUGGGAGAGAGGUAGGGGUUAGCACACCUGCCUUUUGUCAGCAUCUCCUAUUGGCUAGCUGAGGUGGCUCCCUGCCUAGCAUACUGGCUUUUGUAGAGCUCAUUCUAAGGUGCCUCUCUCUCCGCAUGGGAGCUUAGGCACCUAACUCAGGCUGUGUGGAUUGCAGUGUUGUUCUGUGAUUUUCUAGGUACCUAAACAUGGGGUGUUGCUAUACUCCGCACCGUAACGCCUGAACCCAUGAGGUAGGCUUCAGACACCAUGAUGAUGCACAUCUAUAUAAAAACAUAGUGGAUAAAUAAAUAGAUGGAUUCCAGUAUUUGCAACAAAGCACAAGUAGCUGGGUAAGUGGGUUUUGUGUAAUCUAAGUAUUAAAGCAGAGGCAAUUCCUCAGAACAGCAUUCAAAACCCAUUUGUGAAAUGGCAAAAUACAAAUGUAAAGAGCCUGUCUAACACCCCUGUAGUCAUUGACUAUCCCACAGGGAUGAAGUUGGACCUACAGUGUAUAUGACUGGUCUUGCUUUAGGGUAAUAGCCAGAUGGCUGGGAUUCUUGCAUUAAAUUCAGGAAAUGGUGAGGUUUUCAGGUCCAUGAUAUCACAGAAGCUGCUGUCCCUCUUUCUGGUUCUUUGUCUGUUUAAUGUAGGUUAUUACACAACACAGCUCAGUAAACCCACCUCAGUGAUGCUGCACUGUACAAUGACUUUCAAAAGUCAGCUAGCCUGGACCACAAUCAAUAGCUAGACAUCUGACCAGGGAGUGGAUGAGCCUGGGCCAAAAUCACUCUAGGAUAUUUACCUUUCUCUUGGUAACAUGAGUUUGAAAACUCAGUGGGGUGAAUAAAAAGCUAUAUUAGCUCUGUAAUGGCUUAUAUAGACCUGUCCAUUGGUUAGCAGGGAAGGAUUUAAUCCUCUUUCUCUCUGGCUAGAGGACAGACCACAGCUGUCUGCCUUGAGUGCAGGGAGAUCCAGAGUUGGCUCAGCUGUGAGGAAUUAAUUAAUUACCCCCAGCCCCAGCACAGUAUAAAACAGGGGAAGUGGGCCUGAUAUUUGUUAUUGGAUUCAGGGUGUUUAGGAAGGAAGUUAAUGAAGGAAAAUGGUCUUUAAAGUUUUUUUUUUUUGUGCUUUGUAUUUGAUUGAGGGAAGCUGUCUUGUAUUUGGUCUGCAAAGGGGGCAAGAUAUUCUUUAUCUUGGUGGUAUAUUUCUAUUUCGCAUUACAAAUUUGUUCAGAGAGCACCGGUCUCUUUUCUCAGUUAGCACUGUGGGUGCUCAGCACUUCUGAGAACUGGACCUGAAGUGUCCCAACUUGGGCACCCGCAAUCAGGGGCUGCUUCUGCAAAUCUUGGCCUUAGUAUCUCUCUAUGUUGUAACCAUGGAGCAAUGCACAAUAGAGCAGGGGUUCCCAAACUGAGGGUUGGGACCCCUCAGGGGGUCGUGAGGUUAUUUCCUGUGGGGUCACGAGCUGUCAGCCUCCAACCCAAACCCCACUUCGCCUCCAGUGUUUAUAAUUGUGUUUAAAUAUAUUUAAAAGUGUUCUUCGUUUAUAAGUGGGGGGUCACGCUCAAAGGCUUGCUGUGUGAAAGGGGUCACCAGUACAAAAGUUUGAGAACCACUGCAAUAGAGUGUGUGGGUGAGGAAAUAUAUUAGCUAUUGAAGACAGAAGUUUUUGUUUGUUUUUUUCCUGUAAUAGACGACAGAUAAGCAGGGGCUUGUUUACUCACCACAGUAUUUCCUGUCAUCUAGAAGGUGCCAAAAAGACACAUUGUGAGACAUUAGGGAGGAGAGAGGGUACUGAGAGAGAAUUUUUGGUUAGGCAACAAGCUGUAACUACAGCAGAGUGGCUGAUUGAAUUGGUGUCUCAUCAAAGACAUUCCCAACUGUUUUGUCACUUUUGCAUGAGUAGAUUAUUGAAUAUUCAGUAUAUUAUUGCAUGGCUAUAGUCAGCAUGCUGUACUCACAUAUCUGCAAUAUUCAUUUGUAUGUGUGUUAUGUGACUGUCAGCUCAGAUCCUGUAAUCCUUACCCAGGCAGAGCUCCCGUUGCAUUCACUGGAAGUUUUCCCUGAGUAGGAACUACAGAACUGGGUCCAUAAUAUUUAAUAUUUUACUGUGUAGUUGUUGGAAAAAUACCAAAUCCACUGGUCAAACUUUAAAUGUGUAUGAAAUGCUACAUGCACAUUUAUGAAGAGGGCUUUACACAUUUCUUUUUGUAUCCACAUUUUUUUCAGUUUCUAUAUCUUUUCAUGUCCUUUACAAAUUAACAUUAUAGAUACUGAUUUAGUUUACUUUUAGGCUAGUUUGACAGUUUCCUGCAAAGCACAAUAAAAUCUAUAGCAGACACUGCCUCUAACACUCAAUUCCCAUUGUUAAGGUAGCAUUGGAAAAUAUUGUCCAGUACAUGAUUUUCAAUUUAGAGUAAAUUGGUGAAGAAAUUUGAGGGGAGGAACUGCUCACCUUCUGAGUGCAGCUUUUACCUGCUUAAGCAAAAAUCAUCAAAUAUCAGGUUGAUGGAGAUGGGAAGAAAUAAAAUAGACAACUACAAUUUUGCAUGACCUUUGAAUAACCAUAUGUCUGUUGGUUAGUGGCAGUUGCUUAGAACGCUUUUCAUUGUAUUUUGCUGGAUUUAUGUGCACUGUCCUUACUCAGUGCACUGGCUGGGGCUUUGUGCAGAAAGCCUCUUACAAGAACCAUUCCUCUAAUGUCUGACAGGCCUCAGACCAGCCCUUGGGCUCUGCACAGGGGUACCUGACGCACAGCAGCCCUUCCGAUUUACAGAAGUGAGAAGUAAAACCAAGACCGCAGGGGAGCUAUGACCUCAGUGAGCCAGCUCUUCAAAAUAUGCCUGGGUGAGGUAAAGGAAGGAGCUAAUGAACCACACACCAAGGCUGAAGAAAUGCUUGUACUUUACCAUUGGGAGAGGAGAAUAUGCCAUAACCAGUGGGGACCAGCUGUUUUUUUACACCAGUCUCAAAGCCUCCCCGGUCUGUCUGCUGUGAUUCCCAGAAGUGACACUUCUGUUAGUAUGUACAAUACAGUGAUGGCCUGGGCCUACCCAGAUAGAUAGGGGGCAUCUGAUGUCUGAGGAGGAUCCAUGAAGAGUCCCGGGGGACUUGGCUUCAUGACCUCUCAAGCAGAAACUGCUCUGCAUAAAGGCAGCAUGUUCCUGUGGACAUUGGUGGGGCUCUUGAGCCCUGGACCCCCCACAUAAAUGUGACAUGUGGGAACAAGUUCUUCUGACCCUGAGGCCAGACAGGCCUUCAUCUGAGGUGAACGGUGAUGUGCUGCCAAUCACAUGACGAGGAGAAUUCCACAGAAACGUUCCCCUUCCUGCCUCAGCGCAGGGCAAACCCAGUGUCUCAGGAGUGCUUGGGCUGGAAAGGGGAGGAGUGCAGGGCUGGGGAAUCAAUUGCUGGGUGUUCCCAUUGGAACAAGACUGCUCUCUCACCACUAGAGCCAAAGAGGGAGGCAGCAGCACACAGCAAACAGGCUUGUCGUCUGGGCCACACGCUGGCAGUGUUUAUAGUUUGUUCCUCAGAAACAUGAUGGUGUAGCACAAUGGAGUGUUGUGUAGUGCAGAAGCAUGGGCCGAUGGGCAGGGCAAUCGCUUAGGACUUGAGAGACCUAGAUUCAAGUCCCUGUGCUUGGCCGCAGACUUCCUUACGGUCCCACAGCAAAUGGCUCUUACAAAACUACUCAAGAUAGUUAAGUCCUACGCAGACUGCAAAGAGCUACAAAAGAAUCGCACAAAACUGGGUGACUGGGCAACAAAAUGGCAGAUGAAAUUCAAUGUUGAUAAAUGCAAAGUAAUGCACAUUGGAAAAUAUAAUCCAAACUAUACAUAUAAAAUGAUGGGGUCUAAAUUAGCCGUUACCAUUCAAGAAAGAGAUCUUGGAGUCAUUGUGGAUAGUUCUCUGAAAACAUCCACACAAUGUGUAGCGACAGUCAAAAAGGCGAACAGAAUGUUGGGAAUCAUUAAGAAAGGGAAAGAUAAUAAGACAGAAAAUAUCCUAUUGCCGCUAUGUAAAUCCAUGGUACGCCCACAUCUUGAAUACUGUGUGCAGAUAUGGUCAUCCAUUCUCAAAAAAGAUAUAUUGGAAUUGGAAAAUGUUCAGAAAAGGGCAACAAAAACGAUUAGGGGUAUGGAACGGCUGUCAUAUGAGGAGAGAUGAGUUAAACUGGGACUUUUCAGCUUGGAAAAAAGAUGACUAAGGGGAGAUAUGAUAGAGAUCCAUAAAAUCGUGACUGAUGUGGAGAAAGUAAAUAAGGAAGUGUUAUUUACUCCUUCUCAUAACACGAGACCUAGAGGUCACCCAAUGAAAUUAAUAGGCAGCAGUUUUAAAAAAAACAAAAGGAAGUAUUUUUUUCACACAACACAGUCAACCUGUGGAACUCCUUGCCAGAGGAUGUUGUGAAGGCCAAGACUAUAACAGGGUUCAAAAAAGAACUAGGUAAAUUCAUGGAGGAUAGGUCCAUCGAUGGCUAUUAGCAAGGAUGGGCAUGGAUGGUGCCCCUCCCCUCUGUUUGCCAGAAGCUGGGAAUAGGCGACAGGGGAUGGAUCACUUGAUGAUUACCUGUUCUGUUCAUUUCCUCUGGGGCACCUGGCAUUGACCACUGUCAGAAGACAGGAUACUAGGGUAGAUGGACCUUUGGUCUGACCCAGUAUGGCCGUUCUUCUGUUCCUUAAGCUUCUAGCAUGGUUUUGGACCCUGUAAUAAUAAAAACGAAUAAGGCAUCUUUGUGCUGGUUAACAACUGUGUGCAGAGAGGAGCUGGCUCCAGCAGGCCUCCCUCCCCCCAAACUUCUCUUUGAAAUGAGAGGAGGAUUCUAGCAAACCUCUGGCAGUGCAUCACUGGCCUCUCCUGUCUUUAUCUAUUGAUCUAACCUGGCUAGAGCAUCCCCCCUGUGACGUGGGUGGAAGCAGGAAACCUACAUGCUGUGUUGAUUCACUACAAGAUUUCAAAGCUUUUCCAUUUAAGGAAUGGACAAAUUAACCCAAGUUGUUACCAGCUGAAUUUAAACAAUUCUCCCUAAAUGUAACCUGGAAAUCCUGUCCCUGCAGUCCCUGUGCUGUGUGGAGCGGGGUGCACCGGCACCUGCCUGGGCAGGUGUCAGUGGAGUGCCCACACAGGCUUCAGCAGGGUUAAGCAAGAGACAUACUCUCUGCACUGAGCUCCAGGGAGCCUUGCUCUCUCCUGCUUCUACUGGACAGCAAAGCUCGCUCAACUGCAGAGGGGGCAACUCCUUUGUAGUUCCUUCCUUCCUUCCUCCCUCCCUCAACAGUGCUGUUAUUAUCUAGUACCAAGUUAUGUAACUGUACAGCUCAAAGGGAUACACCGGCAUACAAAAGGAAAGUGUAUUAAUACUGGGGGUGAAUGAACUCUCUUGGUGCUGCUAUAACCCAUCCCUGAAGCACAUGGAAAUACUUCAGCAGAGCAACUGCUUUGCCAUUCAAAGGGACCAGAUUGCAGCAGCUGGCAAGUAUUUUCCAAAAGUUCCCUAGCUGAGGAGGCGACCCCCUUUCUCCCUACAAGGCUCCACUGAAUUUUAAAUGACUCAGGUGGAACCCUCUGCUGUCCUGACUACACUCAAUGUAUUGCGGUCAGGAAAAAAGUCUCAGGAAGUAACCUGGGGGAUAGCCAUUUCAGACUUGAUUCUGACAACACAGAAGAAUUGGUUGUGAAUCUGAAGGUGGAAGGCAGUUUGGAUUAAAGUGAUUGCAGGGGUGCUGGAACAAUUUUUAUAGUGGGGGUGCUGAGAGCCCUGGAACCAAACUGUAAACCCUAACACGGCUGCUACUCUGAAACCUGUAUACGAUGGAAACCUCUUCAAGCCAGAGGGUGCAGCAGCACCCCCCGUACUCCUAGUUCCAGCACCUAUGAGUGAUCGUCAAAUGACAGAUUUCAUCAUUCUAAGGAAGUGAAGGAGUGGGAAUAGCAUAAUAAGGACAAUGGACUCCAAAAAACCAGACUUUAGCAAACUCAGAGAAAUGGUAGGUACUUUAGGAAGAAAAUCUAAGGGAUAAAGGAGUUCAGGAGACUUGGCAGUUUCUCAAGGAGACUAUAUUAAAGGCACCACUGCAAACUAUCCUGAUGUGAAGGAAGAGUAGUAAGAAGCCAAUAUGGCUCCAACAGGAAAAAAAAAAUUUAAUGACUUGAAAAUCAGAAAAGAAUCCUACAAUAAGUGGAAAUGUGGACAAAUUGCUAAGGAGGAGUACAAAAGAGUAGCACAAGCAUGUGGGGAAAAAUCAGGAAGGCUAAAUGAGUUACAUCUAGCAAGGGAUGUAAAAAGCAAUAAGAAGAGGUUCUUUAAAUAUAUUAGGAGCAAAAGAAAGAGGAAGGAAAGUGUAUGUCCUAUACUUAGUGAGGAAGGAGAGCUAAUAACGGAUGACAUCAAGAGGGCUGAGGUAUUUACUAGCUAUUCUGCUCAAAAAAGUUAAUGGUAACUAGGUACUCAACAUAAUUAAUAUUAACAGCAAGAGGGAAGGAAUGCAAGUCAAAAUAGGGAAAGAACAAGUUAAAGAAUAUUUAGAUAAGUUUGAUGUAAUCUAAUUGGCUUGAUGAAAUUCAUCCUAGGAACUAGCUGAAGCAAUUUUGGAAUGGUUAGCAAUUACCUUGGAGAACAUACGGAGGAUGGGUGAGAUCCCAGAGCACUGGAGAAGGGCAAACAUAGAACUUAUCUUUAAAAAGGAUAACAAAGAGAACCCAGGGAAUUAUAGACCAGUCAGCCUUCCUUCAAUACCUGGAAAGAUACUGGAACAAAUUAAUAAACAAUCAAUUUGUAAGCACCUAGAGGAUAGUAGGUUAUAAAAAACAGCAAGCCUGGAUUUGUCAAAAACAAAAUAUGCCAGACCGACCUAAUUUCCUUCUUUGACGGAGUUACUGGACUUGUGGAUAAAGGGGAAGGGGGCAAUAUAUCUUCAUUUUAGUAAGGCUUUUGACACAGUCCCACAUGACAUUCUCAUAAACAAACUAGGGGAAUAGGGUCUAGAUAAAAUUACUAUAAGGUGGGCAUACAACUGUUUGAAAAACCAUACUCCAAGUAGUUAUCAAUAGUGUGCUGUCACACUGGGAGGACAUAUCUUGUAGGGUCUCACAGGGGUCAAUCCUGGGUCUUGUACUAUUCAAUAUUUUAAUUAGUGACUUGAAUAAUGGAGUGGAAAGUGUGUUUAUAAAAUUUAUGGAUGACACUAAACUGGGAGAGAUUGCAAGCACUUUGGAGGACAGGAUUAGAUUUCAAAAAGACCUUGACAAAUUAGAGAAUUUGUCUGAAAUCAACAAGGUGAAAUUCAAUAAAGAUAAAUGCAAAUUACUACACUUAGGAAGGAAAAAUCAAAUCCACAAUUACAAAAUGGGGAAUAAUUGGCUAGGUAGUAGUAAUGCUGAGAAGGAACUGGGAGUUACAGUGGAUCACAAAUUGAAUAUGACUCAACAAUGUGAUGCAGUUAUAAAAAAGGCUAAUAUCAUUCAGGAGUGUAUUAACAGGAGUAUUGUAAUUGUUUUGCUCUACUGGAGACUGGUGAGGCCUCAGCUGGAGUACUGUGUCCAGUUCUGGGCAUCACAUUUUAGGAAAGAGGUGGAUAAAUUGGAGAGAGUCCAGAGGAGAACAGCAGAAAUGAUAACAGGUUUAGAAACCUGACCUACAAGGAAAGGUU